AUGCUCGCCUCUUCCCUUGUCGCUCUAUGCUUGGUUGCAUUGGUGUCCGCUUCUCCCACGGAAAGGAGGCAGGGCGGACCCUCGGCUCGCGUUGUGACCAGCUGUACGCAGCACAACACUGUUGCAUUGACCUUCGAUGAUGGACCUUGGAUCUAUCUGAACGAUGUUAGCGACACCCUCACGGCUAACAACGUGAUUGGGACGUUCUUCUUUAAUGGCAACAAUUACGCCUGCAUAUAUGAUGACGACUCAGUUCAACGGGUUCAAUACGCUGUGGCUCAUGGCCACCAAGUCGCGUCUCAUACAUGGAGCCAUAGCGAUCUCACCACCCUCAAUUGGGAUCAAAUUCACAAUGAGAUGUGGCUUGUAGAACAGGCACUGUGGAAGAUCGUUGGCCGCUACCCAGCUUUCAUGCGCCCUCCGUAUGGGAAUUAUAACGAUCUUGUCUUACAGGCGUCUUACAUCCGUGGACAAGCGGUCGCUCUUUGGGACUUCGAGUAUGUACUUAUCGUCUCAUACUACCUUUGGUGCCAUUUCCCACCCUUUCCACCCUGA